AUGCAAAUCUUUGUUGAUACACCCGCUAAUGGCAAGGUGACUUUUGAUGUUGAUAACUCUUCAACUAUCGAAAAUGUAAAGUCUAUGCUUGGCAAUACUGACUCAGUCCUUUCUCUUGGUGGUCAAUACCUCGAAAACUCUAUGACUCUUGCCGAAGCUGGCAUUGCUUCGACUUCAACACUUGUUUUUUUCCCUCGUGUUCGCGGUGGCAUGCAAAUCUUUGUCAAGACUUUGACAGGAAAGACUAUUACUCUUGAAGUUGAGUCUUCAGAUACUAUUGAUAACGUCAAGUCCAAGAUUCAAGAUAAGGAAGGUAUCCCACCAGACCAACAACGUCUUAUCUUUGCUGGUAAGCAACUUGAAGAUGGCAGAACUCUCUCUGAUUACAAUAUUCAAAAGGAAUCUACUCUUCAUUUGGUUCUCCGUCUCCGUGGUGGUAUGCAGAUUUUCGUCAAGACUCUUACCGGCAAGACUAUUACCCUGGAGGUUGAGUCUUCUGAUACCAUCGAUAACGUCAAGUCCAAAAUUCAAGACAAGGAGGGCAUUCCUCCAGACCAACAGCGCUUGAUUUUUGCCGGUAAGCAACUCGAGGAUGGUAGAACACUUUCUGACUACAACAUUCAAAAGGAGUCUACUCUCCACCUUGUCCUCCGUCUCCGUGGUGGUAUGCAGAUUUUCGUCAAGACCCUUACCGGUAAGACUAUUACUCUUGAAGUUGAGUCUUCUGACACCAUUGACAAUGUAAAAUCCAAGAUUCAAGAUAAGGAGGGUAUCCCACCAGACCAACAACGUCUUAUCUUUGCUGGUAAGCAACUUGAAGAUGGCAGAACUCUCUCUGAUUACAAUAUUCAAAAGGAAUCUACUCUUCACUUGGUUCUUCGUCUCCGUGGUGGUAUGCAGAUUUUCGUCAAGACUCUUACCGGUAAGACCAUCACUCUUGAGGUUGAAUCGUCUGAUACUAUUGACAAUGUCAAAUCCAAGAUUCAAGAUAAGGAGGGUAUCCCACCAGACCAACAACGUCUUAUCUUUGCUGGUAAGCAACUUGAAGAUGGCAGAACUCUCUCUGAUUACAAUAUUCAAAAGGAAUCUACUCUUCACUUGGUUCUUCGUCUCCGUGGUGGUAUGCAGAUUUUCGUCAAGACUCUUACCGGUAAGACCAUCACUCUUGAGGUUGAAUCGUCUGAUACUAUUGACAAUGUCAAAUCCAAGAUUCAAGAUAAGGAAGGUAUCCCACCAGACCAACAACGUCUUAUCUUUGCUGGUAAGCAACUUGAAGAUGGCAGAACUCUCUCUGAUUACAAUAUUCAAAAGGAAUCUACUCUUCAUUUGGUUCUCCGUCUCCGUGGUGGUAUGCAGAUUUUCGUCAAGACUCUUACCGGCAAGACUAUUACCCUGGAGGUUGAGUCUUCAGAUACUAUUGAUAACGUCAAGUCCAAGAUUCAAGAUAAGGAAGGUAUCCCACCAGACCAACAGCGCUUGAUUUUUGCUGGUAAGCAACUUGAAGAUGGCAGAACACUUUCUGAUUACAAUAUUCAAAAGGAGUCUACUCUUCAUUUGGUUCUUCGUCUCCGUGGUGGUAUGCAAAUCUUUGUCAAGACUCUUACUGGUAAGACUAUUACCCUGGAGGUUGAGUCUUCUGACACCAUUGACAAUGUCAAGUCCAAGAUUCAAGACAAAGAGGGAAUUCCUCCUGACCAACAGCGCUUGAUUUUUGCCGGUAAGCAACUCGAGGAUGGUAGAACACUUUCUGACUACAAUAUUCAAAAGGAGUCUACUCUUCAUUUGGUUCUUCGUCUCCGUGGUGGUAUGCAGAUUUUCGUCAAGACCCUUACCGGUAAGACUAUUACUCUUGAAGUUGAGUCUUCAGAUACUAUUGAUAACGUCAAGUCUAAGAUUCAAGAUAAGGAGGGUAUUCCUCCUGACCAACAGCGUCUUAUCUUUGCUGGUAAGCAACUUGAAGAUGGUAGAACUCUUUCUGACUACAACAUUCAAAAGGAGUCUACUCUUCACUUGGUCCUUCGUCUCCGCGGAGGUAUGUAA